UGAGUUUAGUCGGCUAUCUCCAACCAUGCCCGUUGGACGACGCUCGACAGCAUUCGCUAGCGUAUAUUGCCUUCCCUGCCAGCGGGCCCAGAUGGCAGGUGUUUUCGAUAUAGACUUGGAGUCGGACGACCUUAGCGAUGCAGAGGAUGACAUUUGUGACUUCACCGUAGCAGAGACAGACCCUGUUCAAACAGAAGAGAUAGAGCUGACCAGUGCCAUUGUCAACAGAGACAGUGAGAGGAUCGGACCAGACAGCUUUGAGCUGCUAAGUGUGCUGGGCAAGGGGGGCUAUGGCAAGUGUGUUUUCCAGGUACGGAAAGUACAGGGUACACAGACGGGGAAGAUAUUCGCCAUGAAGGUUUUAAAGAAGGCGAAGAUAGUGUGUAACGCCAAGGACACGGCCCACACGCGUGCGGAGCGGGAGAUUCUAGAGACGGUGCGGCACCCCUUCAUCGUGGACCUGCUGUAUGCCUUCCAGACCGGGGGUAAACUCUACCUCAUCCUGGAGUGUCUCAGUGGUGGAGAACUGUUCAUGCAGCUGGAGAAAGAAGGAAUCUUCAUGGAGGACACUGCCUGUUUUUAUCUGGGUGAGAUUGUGCUUGCUUUGGGACACCUCCACUCAAACGGAAUCAUCUACCGAGACCUGAAACCAGAGAAUAUCAUGCUGAACCACCAAGGACACAUCAAGCUGACUGACUUUGGCCUGUGUAAGGAGUCCAUUCACGACGGCGCUGUCACGCACACCUUCUGUGGGACAAUCGAGUACAUGGCUCCAGAGAUUCUGACGCGUACAGGACACAACCGGGCGGUGGACUGGUGGAGUCUUGGAGCCCUGAUGUAUGAUAUGAUGACGGGCUCGCCUCCGUUCACUGCUGAGAACAGGAAAAAGACCAUUGAUAAGAUCUUGAAGUGUAAAGUCAACCUACCGCCCUACCUCACACUGGACGCCCGAGAUAUGAUCAAAAAGUUGAUGAAGAAGAGUCCUUCUCAGAGGCUAGGCUCCAGUGCGGCAGACUGUAAAGACAUACAGAAGCAUCCCUUCUUCAGACACAUCAACUGGGACGACCUGCUGAAUAAGAGGUGUGAGCCGCCCUACAAGCCAUGCCUGCAGUCAGAUGAGGACGUGAGUCAGUUUGACACGAGGUUCACCAAGCAGACUCCGGUGGACAGUCCUGACGACUCCACAAUCAGCCACCAGCACGAACACGCCUUCGCUGGUUUUACCUACGUGGCUCCCUCUGUGUUGGAGAGUCUGAAGGAGGGCUUCUCCUUUGAGCCACGGACACGUCCCGUACGCAGACACAACAGCAGCCCACGCACCCCCAUCAGUCCUCUCAAGUUCUCUCUCCCCGGGUCAUUCGCCAAGUCCACAGGAGGAUCAGGGGGAGGAGAGAGCGAGUCGGACCUUCUCUCCCAGACCUCGUUCCGUCUCCCGCCAACAACCCCACCCACCGACAACGGCGCCACACAGCCAAUCAGCACACCAGGCCGGAACAAGAAGCAGAAGUGUAACCGGAGAUGAACUGGAGUAAGCAGAGUCGGGAGGAGUCCGAACUUUUGGCCGCGUUCCAGGCCGACUACUUUGCAGACGUGCCGCGCGCAUCCGCCAAUGGCUGAUUGCCACGUCAUCGACAGUUGGACGCAUGUUGCUAUACCAUACGAUGUGGGUAGCUGAUAUGUUUAACACCUAUCCAGGCAUUGUGACUUCUGGCAGACGACUGCUAGUCCGUCUGGAACGCGGCCGCUCUCAGGGGGCCUUGUGUUUCUCACAGGCUGGGUCCCAAACCCCCAUACUGCACACUCGCUCCCUUCCCCCUAUACCCUCAUUGACUCAUUCCUUUAAGGUCUGAAUAGGGGAUGAGCUUAGUUGAAGAGCUACAGGGUGUGCAGCCUUUUUGUUCCAGUCAAGCACUAACACCUGAUUCAGCUCCUGGUCUUGAUGAUUAGUUUAGUAGUAUCAGGUGUGUUGGUGCUAGGCGGGUGCCCACCUCCACCUACCAGGGUUGUGACUAGAGGGAGUACAGCUACAACCGGACGUGACUUUUCGUCGCAGGUUAGGAGAGCAUUUUAGCUAAUCCUAACCCUUUUCUUAACCUUAAUUCCUAACCUGCCACGUUAAUGAUCCUAACCUGCUGCAUAAAUGUCACUUUCAGUCGUAGCUGUACUCCCUCUAGUCAGAAUCACCUACCAGGGGUGGGGUCAAUAUCUGUUUUCUUCCUGAAUUGACUUGAAAUGGAAUUGACCCCAACCUUUCCUACCCUACCAGAGGACCAGCCACUGCUUUUCCAUGGCCAGUUGCCACAAAGGGAAGUCAACCAGGGUUUAGGGAACAGGUUGCGUUAUCAGUUUGGGAUCCAGCCACUUCACUUGACAUUUUUCUCAACUUGCCACAUAAGCAAAGAGAACACAAACUACUGCCAAAGCAUUUGACAUUGCCAUUAUCAAGAUGUUAAAAGGUCGAUUUUGGGCAAAAAGAAACGCUUUAAACUGUAUAACUGAUCAAUGUGCCAUCAUACCAGGUUAUUUAAUUUUUAUUUUUUUUAAAUUGAUGAAUAAGAUAUUUGACUAUAGAUGUGCCAUUUCUUACUGAUCUCUACAGUUUCCGGCCAAAAUCAAGUCAUGUGAAAUGAUGUCCACAUGUACUGGAAGAGUUACAUGCUCGCGUAGCUAAUGAACUAGCAACGUUGUGUGCGGCACGCCUGACCACAAUAACACAAUGAACCACCAAAGGUACGGCCCAUUCCUGUUUGAAAAUUGAGGAAUAGGCAGAGUUGGACCGUAUUUCACGCCCAAAGUCGACCUUUAAAAGGUUGAUUUUUAGACUAGUGAUCAUUGUCAUAACGCAGGAAUGAAAGUAUUGAAUGACGCACAUUUCUAAAAACACUGUAUAAAAUACUCUGCUUAAGAUCAUCUUUAAAAUACUAAAAAGAUGAGUAUUUUUGAUUAUGAAAGCGACCACGUUUAUACAUAAGCUCGUAUUACAGCUGUAAAGCAAUCCGACUCAUUUGAGUCCUAUGUGUCUGAAGCGAAGUUGAAUUAGCCUUUUAUUUUUUAACAAGCACUCAUACCAUAACAUUACUCAUAUCAUGUAGAACCAGAGAUCUACACAGUUCUAGCAAACUAUUGUACAUGUGGGCAGACCUGGGUUCAAAUAGUAUUUGCUUUCUUCCUUGAGCUAAAGUUUCACUUGAUUUGAGCUUGUCUGGCGCACUGGGACCAAUGGAAUAGUCCAAACGCCAUCCAUCUGGCUCUCCAGUCAGGCUCAAUCAAAUGACCAAAGAAAAUUGAUACCGUUUGAUUUUUGAACCCAGGUCUGGUGCCAACAUGGCAUCCAUUCACAUUCUUCCAACUGAAACAGUUUGCCGAACUCUGUUUAUCCGUGGCUCUUUCAUCAACCAUCCUGUCAUACUGUUGUGAGAACUAGCUUUGGAAGACAAGACCUCUAUCAUUGAAAGUCAUAUUUGGGUCUGGGGGAGGGAAAUAAUAUUUACACGUAUUUCAUUUUUUUAAAAAGUAUUAUUUAAUGGACUGAUAUGUUCUGGAUCUAAGUGGAAUGUUUUUAUCAGAUGUUUUUAUUUUAUUUCCUGCGGCUAAUGUGGUUGUGAGGAAAAUAGGUUUGCAGAAUCCUAUCCUGAAGAAUAAAGACAUUGAAUGUCUGAA